CGAUCGAAACACGUGUUCAGAAUGUUCCUUCAAUCAGAAGCACACUUGACGAAUAUUAUAUUUGAUAAGAUAAUACAAAUUCCAGAAGAAAAUUGUCCACGCUCUACACAUUAAUCUGGCCAGUCCAGUGCUGCGGUACACAAGUCUCGAAGUCCCAAGUUAAAUACGUGUGACUAGUAUUCAAACAAAAAAAUGAAGUUCUUCGCGAGUUUCUCUGCAAUCCUUGCACUCAUUGCUGUAGCUGCAGCAUCUACUGCCGAUUUUAGUAUUAGAGCAUCUUUGGAGAAACAGGUGGCAGCAAGAGAUGAAUCUAACAACCUGAUUGUGGGAAAGAGACAUCCCAACGACAAGCUCAUGUACCAAGAGAACAUUAACAAGAGAGCAAAUAUCGUAGGAAAGAAAACCAUCUACGAGGAGGUCAUCAAUGUUCCAAGAGAUCACGUUAUUACCGCAGUUCGAGCCUUGGACAUGAUGACCGAUGGAACCGGUGCUUUCGUCGUCGUUACUGGAGGUGGUCCAGGUCAGGAAAGCGUCAGCUUGAGAUUUAAGAGCCAGAGAUUUCACGGAAUCUAUUUCAUCGUUCAAGUCUACGCCAAGCCGAGAUAUCAAUAAAGUGGUGUGAUUUUUUUAUUGUAUGCAUAACAAUGUAACGUUACGACAUUAUGAAUAAAUCAAUAUGAUUGAAAUA